GACCUGAAGGUCUGCAGAGAUAUCACCAAUCAAUUCAAGAUGCGGCGGCAUCUUUUAACGACUAUUACUUUCUUAUUUUGUAUUCUACGUCUUACAAACGCCUUGUCACUUGCGAACUUUCAAUUGGUCUCACCGACUGCGGUCUCGUUAGGUUGCUUUGUGGAAUAUAGUACUUCGAUCUCAGUCUGUAAAUUAUCAGACUUCAACGAUGGGUGUUCUCUCGACUGCCAAUCAGCCUUGACUGCAAAGGCUACAUGUGUUAAUAAUGCUUGUUCGAAAGACAAUGUAGGCUCCAAUACAUUAUUAGGAAUCGUUAAAGGUGGUGGAAUCAUUGCAGCUUUGUGUCCGAAUAUCAAAUCUUCUACUACGAAAUCGAGAUCAUCCUCGACUACAACGACUACGACGGAGACAACAUUUUCGACUUUGAGUGCGAGUACUACAUCAUCGAGUUCGGAAUCGAGUUCGACUUCAACUUCAACUUCAACUUCAAGUACCGCGUCAAUUCCGACUUCGACUUCAUCCCAAAGCUCUAGUUUUACUGCUGCUACAACGUCAUUUUCUGCGCUUCCUACGACGGCACAAUCUACGACUGGGCAGACUUCGAGUCCUCCUCAAACGUCGAAUACUCAAACAUCAUCCUCGUCAUUUUUUACUUCCUCAAAAUCAACCACAUCUAGUUCCUCAGAAUCAACAUCUACUUUCCCAGAAUCAACGUCUACUUCUUCCAAUACGGAUACAAACACAAGCACCAGCACAGCACUAACCACGACCCAAACACAACCCUCUACAUCCACAUCUACAAACACCGUAGCAUCAACAUCAAAACCAACAACGACAUCAACCGCAGCUUCGAACAAUGGGAAUGGGAAUGGGAUUAGUGGGGGUGGAAGCCCGUUUGAUAUCGAUGCGAAUAGUGGUAGUUUGCCAACCGAUUUUGGUAAAAUAUCACAAAGAUGGAUAGCGGGCGUGGUGUUGAUUUAUGGGGGGUUGGGUGUAUGGUUUCUAAUUUGAGAUGUGGUGGAUUAGAAAUAUGGGACUGGGGAAAUGAUAAUGUUUAUAACAAAUCUUGUGGGGUUUGUUUUGUUUGUGGUUUGUACGAUUAGAGGGCCGCGGGAUUUGACAGAUCAGAUUUUAUCAUGUCGUUUGGAUUGAAUACUGAAUUAGAAAGAGAUGGAGGGGUGUGGCACUACCAGAGCAUGGCUGGCGCGAUGUGUAUAUUAUUUUAUGACUUUAUGAACAAAUUUGAGAGAUCAUGUAGGGAGAUGGGUAUGGGAUAUGGAAGAUGGAAUGAAUGGAUACAUGGGUUGAGGUCUGGAUACUAGGAUUGUGAUACUGGAUAACAUAGGAGGAUAGGAUAUGAUAGGAUAGGAUGGGAUGAGAUGAGAUGGAAUGUUUUCAUACAACAGAAACAGAAACAGAUAUGUAAGAUUCAUUAUGAAAUGCAAGUAAGCAAUUAAAUAUAUCAAAUAUCAAAUACAGAUAUCGUCUUCGAAUGGAAAAUUUCAUAAGCAAGGAAGGUACAACAUCUCGCCA